GAGGCAGGAGGAGUGGGACUUGCUCUUAGGACACCAGCGACUCUUAAAUCCAGCCGCUCCUCCUUUUUUACGCAGGAGAUUUGAGGAAACAAACAAAAACAGGAGGAGCAGUGACCGAGAAAAGUAGACCUCCACCUUUUUUAUUUCUUCUCGGCAGGCAGAGGCACUUCGGACACAGAGGGACCGACACCAUGAGGAAGGCUGCGGAUGUUGCGCUGUGUGCGCUGCUCAUCCUGGCGCUGUCGUGCCGGUGCGUCCUCGGCGGCUACGGGAUGAGCCUGUUCGCGGCGCAGACCUCCCCUCCGGACCCCUGCUACGACGAGCACGGCAACCCGCGCCGGUGCAUCCCGGACUUCGUCAACUCCGCCUUCGGGAAGGAGGUGAAGGUGUCCAGCACCUGCGGGAAGACGCCCGGCCGCUACUGCGUGGUCACAUCCGCGGAGAAGGGGGACGAGAGGACCAGGAACUGUCACACCUGCGACGCCUCGGACCCCAAGAAGUACCAUCCUCCGGCGUACCUGACGGACCUCAACAACCCGCACAACCUCACCUGCUGGCAGUCCGACAACUUCCUCCAGUUCCCGCUGAACGUCAGCCUCACGCUGUCCCUGGGGAAGAAGUUCGAGGUCACCUACGUGAGCCUGCAGUUCUGCUCGCCCCGACCCGAAUCCAUGGCCAUCCUCAAGUCCAUGGAUUACGGUAAAACGUGGGUCCCCUUCCAGUUCUACUCGACCCAGUGCAGGAAGAUGUACAACAAGCCCAACAGGGCCGUGAUCACCAAGCAGAACGAGCAGGAGGCCGUGUGCACGGACUCCCACACCGACAUGUACCCGCUGACCGGCGGCCUCAUCGCCUUCAGCACGCUGGACGGGAGGCCGUCGGCGCACGACUUCGACAACUCCCCGGUGCUGCAGGACUGGGUGACGGCCACGGACAUCAAGGUCAUCUUCAGCCGGCUGCACACGUUCGGCGACGAGAACGAGGACGACUCGGAGCUGGCCCGGGACUCGUACUUCUACGCCGUGUCGGACCUGCAGGUCGGCGGGAGGUGCAAGUGCAACGGGCACGCGUCCCGGUGCGUGAAGGACCGGGACGGGAGCCUGGUGUGCGAGUGCAAGCACAACGCGGCCGGGCCGGAGUGCGACAGGUGCAAACCCUUCCACUACGACCGGCCGUGGCAGAGAGCCACAGCCCGGGAGGCCAACGAGUGUGUGGCCUGCAACUGCAACCUCCACGCCCGGAGGUGCCGCUUCAACAUGGAGCUGUACAAGCUGUCGGGCAGGAAGAGCGGAGGAGUCUGCCUCAACUGUCGCCACAACACGGCCGGGCGCCACUGCCACUACUGCAAGGAGGGCUACUACCGAGACCUGUCCAAACCCAUCUCCCACAGGAAGGCCUGCAAAGCAUGUGAUUGCCAUCCCGUGGGUGCCGCUGGCAAAACCUGUAACCAAACCACAGGACAAUGUCCCUGUAAAGACGGCGUGACUGGUAUCACGUGCAACCGCUGUGCUAAAGGCUACCAGCAGAGCCGCUCGCCCAUUGCCCCCUGCAUAAAAGAGAUCCCGGUUGCAGCUCCUACGACUCCAUCCAGCAGCGUAGAGGAGCCGUCAGACUGUGACUCUUAUUGCAAGGCAUCUAAAGGCAAACUGAAAAUCAACAUGAAGAAGUACUGCAAGAAAGAUUACGCCGUCCAGGUGCACAUCCUGAAGGCGGACAAGGCCGGAGAGUGGUGGAAGUUCACCGUCAACAUCAUCUCCGUCUACAAGCAGGGCGAGAGCCGCAUCCGCCGCGGGGACCAGUUCCUGUGGGUCCGUGCCAAGGACGUGGCCUGCAAGUGUCCCAAGAUCCGGCCGGGGAAGAAAUACCUGCUGCUGGGGAACGACGAGGACUCCCCCGGCCAGAGCGGCGUGGUGGCGGACAAAGGCAGCCUGGUCAUCCAGUGGAGGGACACGUGGGCGCGCAGGCUCAGGAAGUUCCAGCAGCGGGAGAAGAAAGGCAAGUGCAAGAAGCCAUAGGCGUAAAAAUGCUGGGAGAGGAACGAGAAAUUCAAGAGAAAAUCGAAGCAGGUGAUUUAAGAAUAAAAUAAAGUGAAAAGACGAAAAAGAAGAGGGACGGACAGAGGACCACGGACAGAGAAGAGACUGAUUAUGUUGCUGCUUUUUUGUGUAGAAGCAUGAAGAGAAUUAUUUAGGAUGAUUUGUCUUUUCCUUGUGAACUUUUGUUGAAGGAGCUCACCUUGCAGAUUUGGUUUUAUGGUUUCUUUUACUUUGAGAUUUGUCUCUCUUGUGGAUUUGCCGAAUUUGCACCUAUUACCAGUAUAUAAAGUUAUUUUGUGUUUGUUUUUUAUUUUGUUAUCUCUGUUAUGAAAUCAUUAUAUUUUAUGUUUUUAAUUUUAUGUAAUUUUUCUGCUGGUGCAAAAAUGACACACGAAAAAAACAAGACUUAACAACCACUGCAGAUUUGCCUCUGUGUGGUUUUCUCCUUGUAUCUUUAGCUUAGAAGCAGCUUGUUUAAUCUUAAGUCUUCACUGGGCUAAAUGAGGCAGAAAUAUUUCUCAGAACUGUGCCAUAAGGACGAUUGUAGCAGUGAUGGGUCGAAUCAUUUUAGCUGUUAAUUCGAUUCCCUUUGAAUUCAGGUACAUCGGCAUCUGAAGAAACAAGAAAUAUUCUGUUGCUGUAGGUUUUUAUUUGUCAAUAGAAUUUUUGAAUUUGGAGGUGACAGAAAAAAACAUAGUAUUGACAAAAGCAUAUAUGACCUGACUGAUUUUAAAGAUAUUUCUAUCUCUUAUCUGCCCCCUUCAGAUGUCACUGGCACAUUUUGAGUGGUCCGCUAUUUUUAAAUCCCUGCAUGUAAACAAUUUUUAAUUUGAGACUAUUUUUGGAGGACCAAAUGUAUUUAAAAUCACUGAUUUCAAGUUAAUUCCUUAAAAUAAAUGUGGUAUUUUAAUUUUUAAUUUCUCAACUUACAAAUGGAAAGCAGGCCAAAUUUAUUAUCACAAAAAUACUUUAUACAUUACAGAAUUCUAAGUUGUUCAUGGGUAGAUCUAAUAGAAACUAAUAAUAAUAAUAAUGUAAAGAAUUUUUUCCUAAAUGGCCACAAAAAAUAUAGUAUUUUUUAUUGUAGAGUGAGUAUUUUCCUUGUUUUACCACAAAAAGACAAGAGCUGUGAACGUUACACCAGGUAGGCCACUGUGGAUGUGAAUGCUGCAUUGGAAUUGUUCCGGUGGGACGCUGAGCUGCAGCUGUAGGUGGUGCACGUCCUCAGUGCUGAAAGUAUAGACAGAGACGUGCAUCGAGUGCGUCACAAGUGCAACAAUGCAGAUGUUUGUAUGAUUAGUCUCUUAAGUGUAUUUUUUUUAAUACCAGCUCAUGAAAAACUCUGUUUACUAUGUGUAAAAAAGCAUCUUUAAAGACAAAGCAGGACCAGUAUCCUUUUAAUUGACCUCUGCCUCUCAUAAGGAGACAGAAUGUGGAUGCUUGUCAAACACAAAAUCUGAGAAGGUUUAUUUUAAUGUGGAACCUGAGUAAAAUAUUAAUUUAAACGUAACCAAUGCAGAUUGUUGGAGGCUUUGAGAAAAGGCCUGAUGAAAAGAUAAAUAAUGUCCUUACCUCAUAUCGUGCAAAAAGUUAGCAAAACAGAAAAAUGAAAACUCAAAAAGAAAAGCACUCAAGACAUAUUUGAAAUCACGAAUCAAGACGCAUUUAUAAAAUCCACCACCCACUGUUGCAAAUUCAUCUGGAGUAAUUCCUACGCUACUUUGAGAUCGUAGAUAACGACUUUUUUUUUACCAUCCAAACAUUCUUCUGCAAACACAAUGCAUGACUAUACAUUCACUAAAGAAGCUGCAGUCUCCCAUUGACCUGUCACGUUAAUUCUCUGCACUCCUACACUUGCACAGGGAGAACUAGGGGGUGGGGGGGUUGGGGGAAGGGAUCGCAAUCACUUGACGCUGCUUGAUUCAAACCACAUUGCUCAUUUAUUUGUGUGCAGUUCAGUUUGGAAUGUGUGGUAGAAACACUGCUCAGGUUUGUAAAGAUACAAAAAAAAAAAAAGAAGCCGCCCACAGUGUAUCUGAUGCAUCGUAAACUAGGGUUUUGCUUUCAGUCCGUCCCGAACAAACCAUGCAACAUUCUUGAUGUUGCUGGUAAUUGUUGCUUUAUAAAAAAUCACAUUUACUAUGGCACAGUUUUAAUAUGUUCCACAGCACAAGUAUCUGUAAAAAGUAUUUGAAGAUCAUUUCAAGACACCUGGUUUCAAUUGAAUGGACUUCCUUUGUUUUAAAUGAUUCCACUAUCUCAAAAACUGACUGAUUUGCCCAGGGAGGAAUUUUAUUUUUUUUUGAGAAUGGACUGAAAUUCCUCCUCGAUGAUGACAAAAACAAAACCACCUGAGUUACGCUGAAAGAUGCAAAGUACAGAUGAUCAAGUUGCUGAAGAACCUCUCAGUAUUUACAUUUAGGUUUUGAUGGAGUUUGUCUUUUUUGUUAAUGUACUAUCAAUCCAAUGAUUGUGACUUCAGUCCGACACGAUGCUACGAGCCUGCGGCUUGUCCAUAUUUACAUGUUCCUGCCUUCCAUUCAUGUAAAUACUAUAACAUCACAUGUUUGUUUUUUUUCCGUUGGGCACAAUGUAAUCUGUAAUCGCACCUCUCUCGUCUCUGAAGCCUCAUGCUGUACAUUUUUUAUAUCCGCCUCCCGAGCAAUGGUUUGACAAACUUCGUGAUGAAAUGCUCCACACACCUGUCAAAGCAUCGCUUUGUGUUCAUACUAUGAAUUGUAAAUGUUGUUUAGUUGUCACCAUUGCAAAGACCUUUAUUUUUUUGUUUUGCAAUGUUGUUUUUCAAUGCGUACUAAUAUAUUAUGGUUAUUAUAUAUGAAUAUAUUUAAUGACACAAGACAUUGUGGAUAUUAUUGUCUUUAUCAACUUUUUUUUUUACAUGUGGUUGUUUAGAUCGUUGCCAUUAAAGAAGGAAAUAAUAACUACUGAACACACCAACCUGGUAGAACUAAAUUCGGAUUUUCAGUUGAAAUAAACUCGUUACAUUGAAAAAUCA